CCGCCACCGCCUGGCUUGACUCGACCUCGGUAGGCUCAGAGCGGCCUACCUCGCAGGGGGCGCCGGCCUUGCUGUAUGUGUGGGGAGGGGGGCGUUUCCCUCUGCCUACGUUUUAAUGCGCGGGCCCUCUGCACAUGCCCAGGAGCUAUAGAGGAGCGGGGGCUGCCCUGAAAGAAGACUGGCACCUCCUUGGUGUCGCUGCGACCGAAAUCGGAUCUGCGAAGGGAGACGGGGAGGCAUUGGCUUUGUUUGCGUCUCGCCUGCCUCGCUUUCCUUUACCUUUGAACGGAUUUCCGUUUCUCCUGGCUUCGUUCAGAAGCCCUUGCAAGGCGAAAAGCCCCCUCGGGAUGCUCUCCUUCCCUCCGUUUCCAUCUUAAAACAAGGCAAGGGGCGAAUUCUUCUAAAGGGAGGUCCAGUCAUUAAAGUAAAGAUUCCGAAGGACAAGGAUGGGAAACAAAAGCAGUUUGCAUUUGUGAAUUUCAAACAUGAAGAAUCUGUCCCCUAUGGAAUGAAUCUACUUAAUGGGAUCAAACUUUUUGGGAGACCUCUCAAAAUUCAGUUUCGAUCAGGGAGCAGUCAUGCAUCUCAAGAUAACAAUUCACCUUAUUCUCAACCUGUAUAUGCUAAUGGAAGCCCCUCCAGUAUACAACAACUGCCAACAACAACUGCCAGUAGCAGCAGGUAUGAGAGGAAUGUGGAUAACAUCUCAACAGAGUCACCAACUGUGCAGAGGUCCUUCUCAUCCCCAGAUAACCUCCAGAGACAAGCGGUGAUGAAUAUGUGGCAACAGUCGCAGUACAGUGGCAGGCACAGCUCCUUGCACCCGGAGCCAUCCGGCUUUGCUUCGCCAGGGCACCACCCAAGUUAUUCGUUCACCCAGUCAUCGGCCUCAUCCAUGCAGUGGCGCUCAGAGACAAGUGCCGCCCAGCGCAAGAACAGAGUGAGCUCCCAUCCGUAUCCUACUGAAAGCAGGCAUUAUAGCAGCCGGGAACCUCAGCGCCCCAGCGACUAUGGCUCGGAGCAUCAUUUCAGGGGCAAUCGGGAGGAAUAUGGUCACGAUGACAGACACUAUGGAGGCUGGAGUCACGAUUACGAUAACCGGAGGGAGAACUACCGAGAUGGCAAGUGGCGCCCCUCCCGCCACUAGCAAGUAUUCAGAGCAGAUUUUGCAUACCUUUCCUUGGCAAAAUGGAGUGGCUCUUACAUUUUUAAGAAAUCAUUUUUUACAGAGAGCUUGCAACAAGUAACUGCACGAGUUACUUUUAAAAAAUCGUUUUAUAAAAAUUACCUGCAGUAUGUAUUCCAUGAGAAGUGGCUUCGUUUCAAUUGUAUUACGGUAACUUUCCCUCAGGGUUUAGGAAAAAAAGAGAAGGUGCCACGCUUUUAAACAAACAAAAGAGAAAUCAAUGUAGAUAAUUUUGUAAGGGGGGAAAAAAGGGUGCUGCUUUGGUCGUAUUUUCAAAUGAACAUUGGUAUUUUUGUAGAGUGUUAAUGAGAAAGCUAGAGAGCCCCUGAGGUGGUUCUGGUAGUAAGUAACCCCAUGGAAAAAAUGAAUGCCACAGAGUAGAAGGCUCAAUGGCACAUGGAAAUAUUGGUAACAGUGUUUUUCUUCUGGAAUAAAUGUUGCUUUUAAAUACUUGUAUUAAGCAAACAUGCAGCCUGUUCAGAUAUUAAGAGUGAAACAAAUUUGCUGGAUGACUUGAUGAUUUGUAUUGAAUGAUGUGUUAAUUUUUUCAGCUGCUUUCAUUGAGGGUCCUUUGAUUUUUAUAUUAUGAGCAAGAGAGCCCACAGUAUCGUAAAAAGACUUUCCCAACAGUUUAAGUGAUUAAAACCUCUCAGGAAAUCAUUGCAUGCCUCUGUCCAUUCCCUUUCUAUAGAUGACAUAAUUUUUAAAAACCUCAUUGAAUUGAAAAGUUUGGACAUUACAAUUGAUAUUUAAUGCAAAGGAGAAACGAAGGUAAGUAUCUAUGCACUUCUUGUCCAUGGGCUUUGUGUGGCCAAAUGCUUUAUUUCAUCCAACCUGCAGCAUUGGUUCAUCUUUAAAAUUAAAUAAAUUAAAUAAAGUCAUUUUGGGGGGAGGGGGAAUUGGUCUACAGCACUUGCUCAGAAGUGCAGGACUUGCUCAGAAGUGCAGCUGCUAGCCUCCAUUUGCAAGUACAGCUAAAUUUGGAAUAGCUUUUAACUAACCAGAAAUCUGAGAUGAGCUUUUUUUAAUAGGGUGGAUUUUUGUGACAUCUAUCCUCCUGAAGUUUGUGCAUUUGAAAUGCCAUCAAUGUCUUUAACUAUGAUUCCCCCUAUACUGAAAAAUAGUGGGACUUUUGAGAUGGGAACUCUUGGUGCCAUUUAAAAAAAGAUCCUGUAGCUAAAUUGUUUCCAGUAGCUUACGUUUUUGUUCACAGUGCUUCCAUUUGAACAUUAGUACAGUCAUACCUCCGUUUACGACCACAGUUGGUAUUGCGGAGCCAGUCGCUCCCUGAGGCACGCUUCUGCGCGUGCGCGAAGUAUCGAUAGAGCGCCGCGGAACCCGGUGGUCGGAAACCGAAGCAGUCGCAAACAGAGGCGGUUGCAAACCGAGGUUUGACUGUAAUCUCUAGCAACUGGAGUACAGUAAACCUGCAACUUGUGCACAUUUUACUCGUGCACAUUCAGAUUUACGUGCUUGUCAAACGAAAUAAUAAAAAAGCGAUGGGGAGCAGGCACCCAGAAAAAAAGACUUUGGUAAUUGCACCUGCCUUUGUACCCAAUGUCUUUUGACUAUACACAAUUUUGGCUUUAGGAAAGUAUUCAGACCCUCGUAAUUUUCAGUUGCAUCAAAAUUGACAAGGGGGCAAUUGCAGCAGCAGUAAAAUGCGGCUUACCUUAAUCUUUCACUUCCCUUGAAAUCCCCUCUCUCUCUCUCUCUCUCUCUCUCUCUCUCUCUCUCUCUCUCUCUACUCUAAUCCAAAUCAGUCAUAGUUUCUUGAACCCCAGUUCUUCCGUGCUGUUUGGGUUUAUAUCUGGGGGGGGGGGGGUGGCUAGAGGAUGGAGAUGCUUGUGACCCUCUUAUUUACAUGCCCAAAUGGGACAUCUUUUUUAAAAAUAUAAUAUUUUUGUCAAAUAUACACUAAUAUAAGAGGAUUCAUUGUUAUCCUUUGACUUACAUAUUUAUGGCAUUGUUGCAAAAACAAGCACCCGUCUUAAAAAAAAAAAGAUUUACGUAAUUCAAAACUUCCUCAAGCAAUACUGUUAAUAGUAUUUUCAAAAAAUGCACUUGGUUAGCCAUAUUUUUAUUUCCGCUAAAAUAAAUUCUCGUUCUUUCAAAAUAUUGUGUGCAAGCAAAUUUUCCUAAGAACUAAAUUUUACAGCUGGUGUUCUCUCUUUACAUAUAGUUGUUAUAUUUGCAUCCAAAAGUGAUUUUUU